CUGACACUAUGUAGAGCAAAGGGGAGGGAAAGUAACAGAUGGACGGGAGGAUUAGAGAAAUCUGGGUGUGUUUCCGAUGGAAACUCACCCAAGACGGAGGAGGGAGUGAUGAGUGUGCGCAGAGGGAAAGGUGAAGGAAAACCGAAUUCCUGUUCGAGGAAAGGUGAAGGAAACACAAAGCGUCUCAAACAAGGUGGUCGUGCAGACAAAGAAAGCGUAAGAGCCACUUGGCAACAAUCUCAUUCACCUAACCCUGCAAGAUUACCAGGCUCAAAGGUAGGCCUCAGAAACCAGACUAAUCUCCUUGGGAGCUAGAUCCUUCCUGGAAAGGUGGAGGAGCAGGUUGAAGAACAUGUCUGAGACGUGAUGGCAGUGGAAACAUGGGGUAGAGUCGCAGCUCAGUGAGAAGAAAUGUGUGGAGUCAAACGAGUGGCCUGGCUCGUGCCGUAACCUCAAGAAGAAAGGAACUUAAAUCUGAUGAACUACUUUGCUGAAACUGGAAGAGGAAGAGAGUUGGAGUUCCUCCUGCAACCUCUUGCCUUCACAUCUGUCUCUUUCUUACUCGCUGGCGGGGAUUAAGUCCCAGCACUUCAUCUUUCUCCACUCCACUGUCCUCUGACCUCCGCUCAUCGACUGUUCUCCUUCCUCGAGCCCCCGCCCUCCCUCCAUCUCUCCACCUCUGACCGUUGUUCCACUUUAAUCCCCUCUCCUCGCUUCCUCUCUCUGUUCUCCAUUUCAUCCUCCAUGAAUCAAUCUCAGUCGCCACCCGCUCCUCUCAUCCUCAUCCUGAUUGGUCAACAGGACCUGCCGGCCAUCUUUGAACCGGGACCGACCCCCUCAAAGUGAAGCACAAUCCCACUCCCUGGUCCCAUCUCAUUUCUCUGUGCUCCUUCGAGUCCAGAAGCAACAAUGCUGGAGAACAUGUCCAGACGUAACCGCUCCCUGCUGUCACUUACCCUCACCUCAUUGGCCCUCACCCUGUCCGUCUGGGCCUUCUGCACCUCCUAUUGGUGCGAGGGAACACACAAGGUGGUGAAGCCUCUCUGCCUGUCACCUGUCAAGUUGAAGAACUGCGGGCAGAACAACAGCCAGCCGUACACCACAGAGGCGCCCACCCCGGACCCGAGGCAACCUCCCACCAACGUGACGCUCUCUCCGCUGCAGAAGGAGGAGCUGGCCCGGACAAAGAGAAAGCAGCUGGCCAACGCCGUCCACUACAUCUGGGAGACGGGCGAGGAUAAGUACAUGCUGCGCUACUUCCACACCGGCUUCUGGCUCUCCUGUGAGAAGCACAAUGAAGGUAAGGAUCAGGAGGAAAAGUGUCGCAGCUUCAUUGAGCUGACGCCAGGAGAAACACAAGGUGUCCUCUGGCUUUCAGUCAUCAGUGAGUUUAUGUACAUCAGUCUUCUGGCCUUAGGCUUCCUGCUCAUGUGUGUGGAAGUGAUUUGCCUCUGUGCCAAGAGGGAGAUGAACGCCCUCAAGAUCAAUGCCUACGCCGCCAUGUGCACUGUCCUCUCAGGUUUGAUGGGGAUGGUAGCACACAUGAUGUACACCACAGUGUUUCAGAUGACCGUGAGCAUCGGGCCCAAAGACUGGAGGCCACAGACCUGGGACUACGGAUGGUCUUUUGCCAUGGCGUGGCUAUCGUUCAGCUGCUGCAUGGCGGCCGCCGUGGCCACGCUCAACUCCUACACCAAGACCCUCAUCGAGAUGAAGCACCGCGCCCGGCUGAGGCUGGAGGAGGUGCGCGCCGCUUCCUGCGCCCCCUCCUACGAGGAGGUCGUUCGAGCCGGCAGUGGAGGCGUCUACUCGGUCAGUCAGCUGAUUCAGCUCGGCCAGCAGGGGGCGUUCAUGGACCCGCUGUGGCCCCGAGGAAUGGGACCAGCGGUCGGCCCUCUGGCGUGCGGCGCUGGGGGAGCGCUGCUUAUUAGUGGAGGGGGAAUCGGAGUGGGAGGAAUGGGAGCCGUUGGGAUGGGAAUGGGAGGAGUUGGAGUGGGAGGGAAUGUUGUUGGAAUGGGAGGACUGGGAAUGGGAGCAGUAGGAGGAGUUGGAGUUGGGGGAAUGGAGGACUGGAAAUAGGAGCAGUAGGAGGAGCUGGGGGAAUGGGAGGACUUGGAAUGGGAGCAGUAGGAGGAGUUGGGGGAAUGGGGGUAGGAGUAGUUGGUGUUGGGGGAAAUGGAGUUGGAAUGGGAGCAGUAGGAGGAGUUAGGGGAAUGGGUUUGGAAACGAUGGGGGGAGUGGGAGGAUGUGGAAUGGGAGGUGGGCGGCUGGUGGACCCUCAUGGUAUGGUGGUGGUGGAGGGAUGUGGCGCUGAAGGAUGCGAAGACUGUGAGCGGGAGAUGGACGAGAUAGAUUACGCUCUGCAGGAGGAGAGAGAGGACUCGCUCUGCUGAGACUUUAGGGGGCCAGGGACUGUGACGAUAUCUGAUCGGGAUUGGCUCCCCACAUUGCACAUGAAACUGCAUUCCGAGAUUACGAGAUUUGAACAAAUACCUCCAGAAAUAUUCUUUUUUUUUUUUGUAUAUGUGCAGUUUCAAAUGAUAAUUAUAGCAUUUUUUUAGUCACACACAGUGGUCAUUUCAAGCUGGGAUUCAAAUUGGGGACAAAAAGACAUACGCACAGACUCACAGCUCCAAUGGACUGUUGGUUCAUCACAUUGUUACAGCUAACGAGUUAGCAGAGAUUGUCCAGCAGACUCGGGGCAACACUAUCGUCCCAUUGCAAACCUCUGCUUUUAUGAGGAAGGUUGGAGCGGUGAGACUCGGACAUCUAUGUGCAGCAGAAGAACCAAAACAACUGGCUGAAAGAGGCCAAAUGCUGCAUUGAGUCUUGAGUCUCAUUAACUUAAACAAUUAUGCAACUUAUUUUGGACAAUGACUUUGCUGCUGAUGUGGACUUCUGGUCAACAUGCAGUAGCACCCGUGCACCCCUGUAAAUGUUCUGAAACUCCUUUCCUAUCAUUUUAAGUUUGUAUUUAUUACAGACUUUUGCCGGUGGAAUGACAAUUAGACCAGAAGACAAAAAGUAUAUGAUAUGUUUAAAAUAUUGCCACUUUUUUUUAACAAAAAAAUAUAGUUUCAUGUAAAUAUUUAAAACAUGUUAAAAGGACCAAAAGUCAAUAAUGUGUUCUUUGUCUAUAUCUGUGUCUGCUGUGAUUUAAUAAUCUUUUAAAAAUCCGGUUGAUGCUUAAUUAGACUCAGAAUUUUUAAUAAUGUCUAGGAGUGGUUGUUCUUUAUGUUAAAAGUAAAUCAAAAAAAUCUGCUUUUUCAGGCUGGAUGUAAACAGAACACAGAGAACAAAACAACGGAAAUUUGUUUUGUGAUGCUAUGAAAUGACGAUUAUCCUCCAGGAAAAUGUUGCUAAAGUCGGAUCAGAAAAACUUGUGUUUUCUCUACUCGUGUAAAUACAGCCUUAGAGUGACUUCUUCAGGGAUUGCAUGUCGUUUUAUGACUUACAAGAUGUGUAAGAGGAUGUGAGAUUGUUUGAGUGUCAACGCAAAAGGUUUGAUAAGUCUAUGGCAUUAAUGGAGGAAUGGAUGAAAAUCCCCCUCACCCCCAGUAUAAGGUGAUGUAAUAAAAACAAACCAUAUUGUC